CCCGUGUUUGUUUAAUAGCUCAACUGCUCAAAUCAAAUUUCUAUUUUUAGCUGUACUGAAGUGUAUAUAUUUAUUGUUUUCAUUAUUGCUCGUUUUUCCGUUUAAAUCAUGCCCUGUUCCGUCCCAUACUGUGAUCCAGAAGGUCAAAGCUUCACGCUUAAAUUUCCGAGAAGCCACUAUCUUUUUGAGCGGUGGCAAAAAGCGAUCGAGCUGGGCUCGGGUUCGCUGUUGCCGGUUGGUGUUGAUCCACUGCUGAUGGAAAUUUGUCAACAACACUUCGAGGAGGUUGAUCAGUAUAGUGAACCUGUGAUAUUUAGAAAUCAAAAUAUGGGUCGGAAAAUUCAUCUUGCUUGCUGUCGACUAUGUUUGGAAUUUAACUACUCCGAGCAUGUUACUUCUGCGUGUGGUGAACAAAUGAUAGGUGGAGUAUCCAUAGAGGAAUUGCUUAAAACGUUAUUCAAUAUUCAACUUGAUGACUCAAGGUCUCUGGACUGUAUUUGCAAUUGUUGUCUUGUACGGUUAGAUCUGGUUGUCAACAUACGCAAACAAUUUACAAUAAUUGCUAAACAUUGGCGUAAAAUGGAUAUUUUUAUUAAUGAAGAAAACCGAUUAAGGUACAAAAAACAAGAAGCCCCCAAAGUGGCUCAACACCGAAUGAUUGUCAAAUCCAUUGACGAAAAAAAGUUGAGCACGUUGAAUGAAGUACCAACUGCACAGGAUUUGUUUUUGGAUGUCAAAGUAGAAGUCGAACCGGAUCUAGUAGCGAUAGCAUCGAACGACGAUGACGCAAUUAAUGACACUGUUUUAAACGACGAAUACUUAAAAAUAGCUCCUGAACACGAUAACAGCGCCAUGCUUGAACAAAAAGGGAGACUUAAAAGAAAAAAUUCAAAUCUAAGAAAAAAAUCUCAAAACUCUACAGAAAAGCGACGAGUUGGAAGACCUCGCAAUAAGAGCGUCACAGGUUCCAAGCGGAAAAUUUCUCUUAAAGGAAUCACAGAGCGUAAAUGUUAUAUGUGCGUUCAGUUGUUUGAAACGGCCGAAGAACUCUUUUCUCACAUGGUCGCCCAUAUUGAUCAGAUACUGACAUGCGAAGUGUGCAAGGAAUCUUUUUCUAAUCUAACAAAAUAUAACCGCCAUUUGGCAAAGCAUGAUCCAAUAGAACGACCUAACAAAUGUGAUCAUUGUGAACUGAGAUUUACCGAUAAUUUAGGAAAACGGCGCCAUGAAAAGCAGCGACAUCAGGUGGAUCAUUCAGUUACGCUUUUUACUGGGCCUCAAAAACGCAAAGGAAAAUUCACCUGUCAGCAUUGUGGAAAGCAGUGUCAAUCUUUGGCCUUCCUCAAGGAACAUGAAGAUGGACAUGCAGGAAUCAAACGGCACGAAUGUCGGUCCUGUGGCCGUCUAUUCGCGAAUAAGAAUAAUCUUGAGCGCCAUCAUCUGAUUCACACUUCAGAGAAGCCAUACAAAUGCAACAUUUGUGGUAAAGCUUUUCGGCAAUCUCCAAUGUAUAAGGACCACUUACGAUUACAUUCGGGGGAAACUCCCUAUGAUUGUUCCGGAUGUGAUAUGCAGUUUUCUUCUACGACAUUGCUUCGAAAACAUAAAAUACGCUUCCACGGCAAUUUUAUAUCAUCCACAACGGGCUCCCUCUCAAGCGUACGACCCCACAAUUCUUGUCGUUUUUGUUUGAACUCAUUCAAGCGACACUCAUUGCUUAUCGAUCAUAUUCAGCAAAACCACUCGCAGGAGGAAAUCGAAUAUUUCUCGUGUCCGACUUGCGAACAGCGAUUUGUAGUAAAGCAAGCAUUUGAAUCACAUCUUCGCAACCACGAUAAAAACUUUCAGUGUGAUUUCUGUGACAAAUCGUUCAGCACGCUGCAAGCACUCAAAUUUCAUCAACCUAUUCAUGAUGAAGGUCGAGGUUACACCUGUAAGACUUGUUCGAAAUCAUUUACUCAUAUUUCUAAUCUGAAACGACAUGAGCUGCUUCAUCUAGGAAUUAAAAGGUAUGAAUGCGAUUUUUGCGGAAAACGGUUUGCACAGUCUAAUCAAUUGCACACUCAUCGCCGGACCCAUACUGGUGAAAAACCCUACGAGUGUCAAAAAUGCGGAAAACGAUUUGCAGAUAACAGUACAUUGUGCAAGCACCGAAAGAGUGUAUGCAAGUCGGUUUGAGUAAUUUUAAGUUAA